AUGGCCAUCUCUGGAGGUGGACUUGUUUGUUUAAUGGCGAUCUUGUGUUCAGCUGUGCCAUGUUUGGCCACUGUUUACACUGUUGGCGAUGCAGGUGGUUGGGCAUUGGGUUCUGAUUACACCUCCUGGACUACUGGGAAGACCUUUUCAAUUGGCGACAGCCUUGUUUUCAACUAUGUAAGUGGACAUACUUUGGAUGAAGUGAGUGCAAGUGACUACAAAACAUGCACUGUGGGAAAUUCGAUCAGUACAGACAAUAGUGGCUCCACUACCGUCUCUCUUAACACUGCAGGAACUCAUUACUUCAUUUGCGGUGUAAUCGGCCAUUGUGGCAGUGGCAUGAAGCUAGCUGUGACCGUCACAGGAGGAGGAGGAGGAGGAGCCACCACUUCACCGUCGGGAACUUCCCCUACUCUGCCGUCCAGCAGUACGACUUCUCCAGCGCCUCCGACGAAUACUCUUUGCACGCCAUCAAUAUAUAGUACUGUUCCGGGAUUUUCUUCAUCAAGGACUCUCUCUCCAUUUAUGGCAGUGGUUAUUACUUUUGUAGUGAUGUUUAAGUUGGUUCUCUCACAAGUCUGA